AGACCUCGAUAACGAGCCAUUCACAAACCGACACCGGAAAUAGCAAACCCAACAUAACCCUUUAACUUGUCAUUUUCUAUAAAGGCAGAUCUCCUCGUCUGCUGGACCCGAUACUUUUGCAGGUAUCGGUAUCUUGCCAGUGCGGGGGUUCAUAUUUCGGAUUAGCCACAAUUCCCCAUCCUAGAGCUUUCUUCAUCCCUCUUUCCGCCAGACCCCCAUAACGCCUCUCUUGGGGCAGGGACUGUUACACAUAUCGAUCUUCACCACCUUGCUGGCGUAGGCUGCUAGCUCUCAUCUGCCAUCGCCAAAUCGGGCCUUCCUCUAUCUCAGGCGGACACCGCAUUGUUCGUCUGGGUGGAAGAUUGUGCUUCAGUAAAUAAAAGAAGUUUUCGCUCGUGUCCAGGGUCUUCUACAAAAACGGAACAAAGAACCUUCAUUUCAUAUCCCUUUUACUUACCUUGUUCUCUUUGUUGGAUUUGGAACUAAAAAUCCCUUUUGACGGUUACGGAUAUGGUGAACAUUGAGAUUCCGAAGAAUUAUACGGCGUCACCAUCCUCAUUCAUGGGGACGUCGUCGUUGACAAUUAAUCAUGAGGCUACCUUGGAUCUCGAUUCGAGCAAUGCCUUUGAAGGGCCCGAAAAGCUUUUGGAGGUGUGGUUUGGUCCGUCUCCUCGGGACUUUCUCGGAUCAACGGAGCCAAAAGGCCUCAAAGUCGUUCCGGUAGAGAUAUGGAAGGAUAUGCUUGACCUUGUCAGCUGCAAGGUCUUGUCAAUCAUCGAAUCCGACGAUGUCGACGCUUACCUGCUCUCCGAAUCCAGCAUGUUUGUAUUCCCCCACAAGCUCAUUCUCAAAACCUGUGGAACCACUACCCUACUGUCUGGAUUGCCUCGCAUCCUCGAGAUUGCGGCCUUGUACGCUGGUUUCCCCAAAAACACCGCCCCUGCUUCUCUUGGGAUCAAGACUGCGGCUGCUCCGUACCGCGUCUUCUAUAGUAGAAAAAACUUUUUGUUCCCCGAUCGCCAGCGCGGUCCCCAUCGUAGCUGGCGCGAUGAGGUUAAGGCGAUGGACCAGCUAUUCCUUGGAGGCAGCGCAUACAUGAUUGGCAAAAUGAAUGGAGAACAUUGGUACCUCUAUCUGACGGAGCCGUAUACUGUGUUGACCCCACCUUCCACGCCAAGCAAUGAUACCGCUGUGAAGGUCCUUGACUUCCCCGAGCAUCCCAAGACAAUUGCCGCCUCUGCUGCGAAUUCAACUCAGGAACAAGAGGAGGAUGACGAGACUCUCGAAAUACUGAUGACUGACCUGGACGAGGAGAAUGCUAAGCAAUUCUACCUCGACCAUGCGAGUGCGGUCGCAACAGAAGGCCAUCAUCGGUAUAAAUACCAGCGUCAAGCUAAAAACAACAUCAACCAGGAUGAUGAACAUCUGGAUGUAUUCAGCAACACCUCCGACUCAAGCGAUGACCUGGGCUCAGAUAUGGAUCAACAAUCCUUGCCUCCCGAACUCACCACAGAAGGCCACGGUCUUGGAACCGUCGUUGCUGAAUCAUGCGGUCUCUCCGACAUCUAUCCAACAAGCAAAUACCCUGGUGCGCGCGUUGAUGCGUAUCUAUUCACGCCGUGCGGAUUCUCCGCAAACGGUGUCGUACCGGCUCCCCCUUCCGACACGAACGCAACAUCCAAGCCCAUCUCCGGCUCCCAUUACUUCACCGUCCAUGUGACCCCGGAACCCCAUUGCUCCUACGCCUCCUUCGAAACUAACGUUCCCCAACUCCAAAGCGGGCGCGGAGCCUCCGAAAUCGUCGAGCAUGUCGUAGACAUUUUCAAACCGGGUCGUUUCAGCGUGACACUGUUUGAGGCUAAGAAGCGGCCUGAUACCAAUGCUACCAACAAUAACAGUACCGAUAAUACUAACGAUGUCAAUGGUGCUGUAUCUGCUUCCAACAGGAAUGCAAAUGGCGAAAGCUACCAGUCUCAUGGCGAUCAGCGGCAGCUGAAACGCAACCAAAACGCGGCUGUUCGCGAUGAGAAGAUGGAGCGGAUCCCUGGCUACCGUCGUGUUGAUCGCAUCGUGCAUGAUUUGGAUGGGUAUGAUCUUGUCUUCCGCUACUAUGAGCGGAAUGACUGGAGAGGCGGCGCGCCGCGCAUUGGGGAACAUGUGCUUUAAGGGAAAUGGAGAAUGGAGAGUGAGGGAUGGUUUGUGAAAUGGAAAAAAAAAUUUCCUAUAAUCUUUCGGCUUUUGCUUUCUUAUCUGCUUAGCUUGAUUUCAAUCUUCUUUGAUGCUCGAUACUAUCUAUGGAUAGCUCCACAUCUCAAUGAUUUCGCCUUCAACCUUGAUUGUGCUUUCAUUUUCUCCUUUGCUUUUCUAUUGAAAUCAAAACAAACUUUUUAUUUGUUUUCGGGUUAAUCCUUUUUUUUUUUCAAUUUCCUCUCUUGAAAGGUUUUCUCUGACGAACAAAAAUCAUUCCACUCAUUUGAAAUUCAAAGCUGUUUGUUAGCUUUACACGAUUUCAAUCCCUUUUGCCAGCCUUCACUUGUAGGUUGAAUGUCAGUCAAUAAAUAUAAAUCAAUAAUGAACUA